CUGUUGGAGGUGACUGUAGGUGCCUAUUCGUCAAGUUGUGGUCAGUAUUAGAGAAUCAUUCGAGGUCAGUCUAUAUCACAACGAAUCGCCUACAGUACAGCCCUGACCACCGGGUAGCAUCUUGAGCUAGAUUCGUAUUGGAAAUGCGUGGAUAUUCUAUUGCACAAAACGGAGGUGUCUUUGCAUCACGCCCAACAAUACCGAAGCAGCUACCCGAUCAUUAUACUAUGGAGAAUAUGACGGAUGGAUUUCCUGGAGAAGAUCUAUCAGACUUGAAUCCUCAUGCUCGCCCAUUUUGGACGGAUUCGAAUGCACCGAAGGGCGUUGAGAAUUCUGGAAUAAAAAACGAUGGUAAAUCUUCGGAGUUUGGAAAGCAACGUAGAGAUACAGAAGACAAAUCGUCUGUCAACAACGGACAACAAACGUAUAAAAAUUCUGUACCAAAACAUUUGCGACAGCUUCAUCCUGGUGUAAAUCGACGCCAUACUAUAUCGACGCAGGAUAGUUCGUCCCGCAUAUCGCAGGGUAAACGCAACACAGACCAUGGGCAGAUCACUGCUCGAUCUGACAACUAUGCACGCAAAUACAAUCUGAGAGGAAGUACAAACGCCCCCAAGUCUCAGCUGGCGAAAAGUAUGUCAUCCUCAGAGGCUCACGCGCGCCCGAACAGUUCUUCAGGGGUAUCCUUGUGGAAUCAGAACAAAACACGAGCUUCUCGCUCGAACAGCCGUGCCUCUCCGAUCUCACGAGUAAGGAAAGGCAAAGGUGCGUUGGCGUUGGACGAUGACACGGGCAAAGGUGAAAAGGGCCAGCAACGUAAGCGAAGAUACUCCGUUGAUACGCUGGAUUUCACAGAGCUACAGAAUUUCGAUGUGCCUUCAUUUCUUAAGCACAUACGUCUGCACAAGUACACCGACACCCUUGCAGAGCACAAUGUUGUGUUUUCCAAGCUCAUCCAGAUGGACGAAGACGCGCUAGAACAGACUGGGGUGCACGCCAGAGGCGCUCGAUUGCGCUUGCUCAAAGCAAUUGAUCGAUACAAUGAGUUCAUGGCUGAAAACUGGAAUUGUCAGGCUGAAAAUGAGCCUCUGCCUGCGACUAUGUCUUCGCCCCUAAUGCGCAAUCCACCGCAAUCCUCGAACUUGUCAAGCUACAGUGACACUAAUUUCGAAAUCUCCAAUUCAGCUGCGAGAGUGAGUCAAGCGAGUGAGGAGAAGAUGUCAUUUAGAUAUCCUGUUAAAUUGCAGCAAAACAUGGCAUCGGCUCACAACGCUCAGCAACCAGUGAACUUUCGCCUUUUGCAACAGGACGUGAUCUUCCGCAACCCUGAGCACAAAGUUGAGCAUCACUCUUUCGUUGAACCUUCGCAUAUGCGAGCAAUCCCCGACGCUGAUAACAGUAUGCACUCGGCAUCGGUCGGUCAUACUUCACGUAUGUCGAGUAUCUUCGAUAGAAAUGAUGAUAGGGUGUUCUCAGCCAACUCGACACAGGCGCAGAAUUUGAAUGAUAUUCCGAAUGUGGAUGCUCAAUACCGUGAUGUAGGUGAUAUGGGAUCAGCUUUUAAUUCACGCGCAAGUGGCAGGCCAAUUAUGAUCCCAAAUCAUGUAUCGGAUAAUCUGAGACGGCCACGUGCAACUUCCGCACCGCCUCCCCGAAGUUCUAUGUUUUCUUGGCCACAGACAUUGAAUUCGAUGGAUACGAUGCAGUACGAGGCUUCUUCAAAUACUUCUGAGGUCAUUAUUCAAGCUCCCCUCGGACUUUCGGGCCCUCCAACCUCUCGCAUCGGUGAUGUGAUGAAUUCAGGUGGUCCAAGAGACUACGUGCCUAUGGGGCUCGGCCAGCAGCAGCAACAUACGAGUGGAACCGGUUAUAGUGAGGUUUCAGAUUCAAACUUGAAGCUGGAUGAAGGAGUACUCGAGCAAGGUAUGCGUUUGUUGAAUCUACUCGAAUCGAACGAGGAUGUCAGCGAUAAGAAUAAUGAUUCGUUUGAGGAAGUAUCAAGCUUCUUCAGUUCGCCUUUCGGCGGUCCCAAUGUAGGUGCUCAACAAGACAACAGACCAGAUCAGGGAAGCUAUUAUGGACACGGGAAUGAAUCUUUGUAUGCAUCACCCGCUCGUAUGUCCAAUGGCACCCAGCCCUCGCAGAACGCUGGACGUUUAGUGGAUGAUCUCACUUGGGUGAGAAGAGAUGCCUGGGCCGGGCCCAGUCUUCAAAGCAACCACAAUCAGCACGCACAGUUGCACGCCAAUGCACACGCACAUGCACAUGCGCACACGAACCACGUAUACCCGAGCCACGCGAUGGAGCAGACAUUCCGACAGGCGCAGAAGGUCACUGGUAGACAUCCUAGUAGUACUAGCCCGGGCAGCUUGGUUGAACCAACGCUUGCCUCGAUGUAUGUAAUGAGAUAGUUUGGUUGAUCCAGCGCUAGCGUCAACGUACUGGAUGAGAUCGUAUCUCAUUAUUGUAACAAAAUCCCCUUUUUGGAAAUGAACAGGAAUAAAGCACAUAGAAACUAG